UAGCUGAAAAUGGCAAAAAAAAAAGAUAUAUAAUUAGAGAAAUAUGAACAAGCUCCUCUCUACAAUUAACGACUGGUUCGUACAUUUUCCGGCUGGGAUAUGUCCAGCCUAAGUCUAACUUUAGUUUGUUUGUUCGUUCGUUUCAGAUUAUUGCGUCAGAAACAGCAGUUUGCUGUUACCCCACAAAAUGCACACGUCGCCCUAAAUAUGACCAGAGUGUUUCGUGUAUUAAUAUUUACUAUUUUUUUUUUACCGCAAGUAUCACAGAGCUGUUUGCUAAAUUGCUCGAUACGCAUCACUGAUUCGAUUGCAACUCUGUAUACAUACGGUAUUUAAUAAGCGACAUCUGGAAAUGGCACCGCACACAGGUCCAGCAGCAGCAGCUGGCACUUCGUAAAGCGAUUACAGUGCCAUAGCAUUUUCGACGUCUGCUGGCAGCCAUAAAUCCCGUGAAAGUAUCAACCAAAAAAUCCUCUGCGCAGUACUAGCUUCUUAGGUGUUUUUCUUAGUUCGUUAAAUGUAAAUUCAUUGGUAAGGGAGCGCUAUUUCAUCCAAGUCGGCUCACAGCCAUUCGUGGAAUACACAACACAAAUAUCAUAGAGUCUACUAAAAAUUUCCUGUAGUAUUCUUAAGAUCUCGGCGACGUCAUAUAUUGUUCUAUAGCUGCGCUUCUUCUCCUUCACGGCCAUGGAACCUCCAAAAAUUAAGCCGAUGUCUCCUCGUCGUCGUCGUCGUCGUCGUCAGCCUCCUCAAAAGAGCAUUCGUUCUUCCAGUUUUUCCCCUGUCGAUUCUCUAAAGAACUACCGAAUCGUAUUACGAACUAGAUUCCUGUCUACGUCUAACAGGUUCUACGAAUAUCUGGGUAGGUCUUACAAAAAUCCGUCUGUAUUAUGCGAAGCUACUGGGAUUUUUCCUAUGAAGAGCUGAAGACCUGGCAUCAGAAGAGCGCAGCAAUGAACCGUGCUGAUGCCUAAAAAGCCGCUCGUCCAAGCGCGAUUAAAGGAAGCAUAAAUUAGAAAAAAUGGUGUUUGAUGCACCAACAGGUGAAAAUAAACACGGCUAGCGUACCCUAAUCAGUCAUCUAGAAUGGCCGUGUACAAGUAUUUACUUGCCAGUCUUUAUUUCCAUGGUUAUCUUUUUCAUAUUGUACCUGAGAUUGGUCAAUAAUUGGUAUCGUCUUAAUGAGAUUGGCUAUAUAUUGUAAGAUGCAACAGCAGUACAUUGCGGAGGUGUAGGUAAUAAAGCUAAUACGUGCCUACAAAUUAAGCCUUGUUAAUAUAUGUAUGCCUUCGAUAGUAAAGAACUGUUGAGUUACGAGGCAGCAGAAAAAAGUUACGCUUUUGUGAAACAGCUGAUAGUGAGAUAUUGACAUCAAUCGGCAUAGAAAUAGUUUAAGUUCCCAAACGAAAAAGGUUAUCUCUGGAAAUGGUAGCAUAGGGAAGCCUAUAUAUAGUUUUAACAUCAAUGCCUCGAAUUCGAUGGGGUAAGUUAAAAAGAAACCUUCAAGAUUCUACCUCGUAGAAUGAUUCGCCGCGACCUAGGUCGAAUACACUGUUACCUAUUUAUUUUACAUUGCUCUGUUUUUAAAUAUUUUAGAUACUCUUUGUUGUUCCCGAGUCUUUAAGGUUGCUUUAAAGACACAAUAGUUCCUUAGGUAAACGUUUAUUGGAAACAUUUUACUAACACUCAUUUCGCCAUUAUUCAAAAUCAAUAGAUAAACAGUGAUGAGAAUAAUGCAUCCUAUGACCAUGUGUAAAUAAAUGUACUUGAUAUUUUGAAACGUGUUCAUAGACACGCCCAUGGUAUACAAUUAUCUAAUAAAGCGGUAUCAAAUAUUUACAUUAAGUUUUGUAAUAUGUUAUCGCUUUGGUAAUAAUUCAUAUAUUUAUGGUUAUUUAAAUUUUUUAAAAUUAAUUUUACUUAAUUUUUUUAAAAAAAUAUAGCUAUUUUUUGAGCCUAACUGUUUACUUGAAGGCAAGCAGGCUUUGAAAGACGACGCGACUAGAUUGAAACCUUUAAUUUGCUGUACGAAUCAUAAUGCUACCCAGAAACAAGGUGCCCCUGAAAAAGGGUACCUCAAAGAGAGUCCUGGAAAAGGCUGAAAAUGCUGUGUCACCUUACACCUGUAUUUACACUUCUAUCAGUACCACCAGCGCAUUUGAAGCUUAAUAUAAUAAUUUCUCGAGAAAUCAUCUUUUAAAAGAAAAUGAUUUCUUAGAAAGUUUAAUUCCCUUUUUUUUUUGAAUUUUCGUAGUUAAUCAGAAAAUGGCUCUCAAUAAUUCCCGGCAAUUACUGCCUGGUUGAAAAAAAUGAGGGGUCACUAAGUUUAGCCUCCAGCCUCGUCAGCGAUAUAGACGACACAACACUGAUAAAUAAAGAAGUCAAUUGACGAUUUUCUGUUAUGAACUGCACAGUGCUAGACACAACGUUAUGUCUCUGUGCGAUACUAUAAAAAGUUAUGGAGGUUGUGGUCUGUAAACACGGUCAGCUUCCACUCCAGGCGUGAAAGUCGGCUUCUACCAGAAGACUAUUCUUUUUCUUUUUGUUGAGUUUUUUUCAUCGUUUAUAUCAGCAGUCAACAAGCAUCAGGCACUGCCGGCUUCACAGUAGCCAAGAGCACUAAUUUUAGCAGCCGAUUGGCACAAGACCAGCGUAAACUUGAAGGACAGCAAGAUCAGUUCAGAUCACAUUAAAUGAUCACAUCAUCAUCAGUAUCAUCAUAUACCACGAUGUCUACUAGCUUGAAAUGUUCGUCCUGUUGGUAUGGCCUGUAUCGUACUUAAUUUAUGUUUGCUUAUAAUGUAUGUUUACGUGUAAUGUUCGAUCUUUGGCUGACAACGUGCAUGCCCGUGUUUCCAGGUCUAUUCAAUCGUCCAUUGUGAAACAAACUAGGGAAAAGCUAUAGCACCAAUUCGUAUAUGUCGUAUACUAUAACGUUGUCAACCUGCGUCAAUCUGCGAUGGGGCCCGUGCCACUGCGCUUACCCCACUCAGGUCGAGCAAAACGCACGAAAGGCGUUCAUUGAAGCAUCGUCGUUUCGACGACAGCAACAACAACAACACAACUCCCACGCAACCUUGACAAUGAAUCGCGCGUCCUGUCGAUCGCCUAAUACGGACUACAUUCUAUGACUUCAGCAUAGUGAAGUUUCGCAAACAUUUUCGCAUCUCGCUGGCUUUGUUCAUCAAAAAAAAAGUGAUUGUACAAUAUCAUUAUAAUUAAUACUGUAGUUGUGUGUAGCUGGCUUCACUAAUUGACUGUUAGGCCCGGCGGCAUAUUCCCUUGCUCGUGCCACUGCCGCCACGGUUUUCUCAACUGUUUCUGUUUGCUACGACCGCUGUAGAAACAGACGGGUGACGAUAUGGGUUUGGUUCACGUACCGUCGUCGUCGUUGUCUAAGCUUCGCGCGCAUCUCUUGCGUCGUCAGCCCCUGCAGUUUGUAUUUAGUCGACGAAAACUGCCAUACCAUGUAGGCUAGUCGAUGGAUGUGUGCGUGUAGCUUCCUACGUAAUGUCACAGUUGUUGAUCUGGAGCUUCUUACUCUCUGUUACAGAUAUAUCACGUACUCCCUUGCCGAUUAUGUGAAUGUAUGUUAGCCUGCAGCUAGGUAAGACUAGCCGCUUGAUCUACGGCUCUUGCUGUUGAGCGCUGAAGGCUUUGUUGCCGUAUGGCGCUCUGAUCGCAAGCCAGCUUCACAAAUGGUUCUUGUUGAUGCUUUGAUAGUGAGCAUCGGUGCGCUCUCUACGACUGCAACCUUCUUCUUACCAAGUGCUUGCCUUUCCGCUCUUCUCGCUGAACCCGGAACCGCGCAUCGGUUCACAUGGGACGGCCUUCGGCCUAUUUCAUUCGUAGCUUAGCUGUUUUCCUUGAGCUGCCUUAACUGUUUACGUAGGACUAGCUGUUCUAGUGGAAACAGUUAGCCCCUCUGCUUGUUUUGCUUGCUGACUCUCUGAUUCAGAUUGGUAGUGCUGUGACCGGUACGAAUCAGCGAACAAGUAAAUAAGUUGUUUCGUUAGCGUGAAGAAUUUUUAAUUCGAGUGCGUGAUUUUGGAGUGAGGGAAGAGUGUGUGUCCGCUGCCGUGCGAGCCUCGGUUGGGUGACCGACCAUGAUGAGGCCGCUCGGUAAUAUCGCAACCACUGGGAUAUUUUGGGUCGGUGUCCUAAAUAUCCUUGUUUGCCUUAACGAACGCGCAGAGGCGCGCCUAAAAAAGGAGGAAUUGACUCCUCUCGGUGACGAUGGUGAAGUUAUACCUGAAGUGAAUGGGAAGAAACUUGAAUCGCUGCUUGAAACCGAGGAGUACCUGGCUGUCUUCUUUUCGGAGCUGGAACAUAUAAAUGAUGAUGCAGAACGAUUUGGAGUCCGUUUUGUUAAGAAUGGAGAGCGCGCCGUGGCCAAGAAGCUGCUCGGAAUUACGCAGUUCCCUGCACUCGCCUACUAUAGGAACCAAGAACCACAGCUCUUUAGCGGUGACCUGAUGGACGAGACGGCUGUAUUAGAAUGGUUAACUAACCUCGAGGCGAUGGAACUAGCAGAUAAAAUUGAGGAAGUAAAUGGAAAAAUUCUCGAGACCCUGAUCAAGGAAAAAGAUUACCUCGCUGUCCUCUUUUACAAAGAUAAGCACAAGGAGUCUGAGCUAGUCCUUGUUGAGCUGGAAAACAUUGACGACGAAGCAGAUCAAUUAGGCAUUGGUUUUGUUAAGACUUCGGAAAAGGAGCUGUUUGAUAAGUACGGUCUAGAUAAUAUCCCGGCGCUUGCUUACUACCGCAAGACAAUUCCACUGUUGUACGAGGGCGAUCUGAACAACGAAGAAGAAGUACUUAAAUGGCUAGAAGAAUUUAAGAACGUCGACGAUGAAGAUGACGAUGUGAUUGAGGACAUGUCCGCCGAUGGACUUGAAAGUCUCAUCGAUAAGACAGAUAUCAUUGCUGUCUUUGUUUAUGAUUCGAACGAUGCAGCCCAAAAACAGAUCCUGGAUGAGUUGGAGACCAUUGAUGACGAUCUUGACCAGCAUGGAAUCCCCUUCGUGAAGACCGACGACAUAGAAUUCGUUAAAAAAUACGGCUUUAAAUCCGCUGAUCUACCGCUACUCAUCUAUUUUGAAAAUGGAAUUCCGCAGUUCUAUAAAGAUGACAUGCAGAACGAGGAGCGAAUUAUGAACUGGCUUGUAGAGCAAAAGAUGGAGGAUGAAAUCGAAGAAGUUUCGGAGGAUGUCCUUCAGGAGCUCAUCGAAAGCUCAGAUUACCUUGCCGUGCUGAUUUACGACGCUGGCGAUGAAAAGAGCGAAGACGUGCUAGCAGAGCUUGAAAGCAUCGAUGACGAAUGUGAUCAGCAUGAUAUUCCAUUCGUGAAGGUUGACGAUCCCGAUGUAGUCAAACAGUUUGGCGUAGACGUAGUCCCAGCACUGCUUUACUUUGAAGCGGGCAUUCCCAAUUACUAUCCAGGUGAGUUGAGUAACGCUAUCGCGGUACUUGAGUGGCUCAAGACCGUUCAAAAUUCGGAUGAACUUGAGCAGUAUCGUAUCUAUCAGGUCACUUCUCAUAAGAAAAAAGGUAGCCUUCUCAAGGAGCAGGAAGUCUUAAAUUGGCUUAUACGUCAAAAGGAAUCGGAUGAGAUAGAAGAUGUCACACCAGAAAUACUGGAGGCACUUAUUCAGCGCUCUGAUUACUUAGCUGUGCUGUUCUAUGAUCGCGAUGACCCGAAGUCUCAGAAUAUCCUGAAAGAACUGGAAAACAUUGAUGAUGAGGCGGACGAACACGAUUUGCCAUUCAUCAAAAUCGACGAUGACCAGGUUGCCAGAGAUUACGGAAUCGAAGAUGAAUUACCUUGCCUUGUGUAUUUCGAGAAUGAGAUCCCAUCGAUUUACCACGGAGACCUUGCUAAUGAAGAUCAGGUCCUUGAUUGGCUCAUUGAGCAAAUCAACUCGGAUUCUAUUGAAGAAGUCACAGACAAAAUCCUUGAAAACCUUGUUGACAGAAAUCAGCAUGUUGCAGUCGUGUUUUAUGAAAUGAAGAAUAAAAAAAUGGACAGAAAAACGGAGAAAGUGAUUAAGGAGCUGGAAGAAAUUGACGAUGAAGCUGAUGAACAAUUUGUCCUGUUCCUAAAGACCCACGAUCCGAACGCCGCGAAGAAGUAUGGUAUUGAACAAUUUCCAACGCUCGUUUUCUUCGACCGCGAAAUUCCGAAUAUUUACCAGGGAGAUUUACUUAAAGAAGAUGAAGUUUUAGCAUGGCUUGUUAGACAGAAGACUAGCGAGGAAAUCGAAGAAAUCACCGAGGAAAUGUUGAAGGAUCUAGUUGAAGACAACCCAAAAAUCGUUGUUCUAUUCUUUGACAAGGACGUCGACACAUCCAAGGACGUUCUCGACGAUUUGGAAAACAUUGACGACGAUCUUGACAAGUUAGGCAUUCCAUUCGUCAAGAUUGAUGAUGACUCAAUUGCCAAAGACUUUGGCAUUCUUGACGAGCUACCAGCCCUAGUUUAUUUUGAGGAAGAAAUACCUAGUGUUUACGAGGGCGAUCUCCAUAAUGAAGAUAAGGCACUGAAAUGGAUUAUUAAGCAAGCUCAGGAGGACACAAUUGAGGAAGUCACUGAGGAAAUGCUCAGUUUGUUAGUAAAAGAAAGAGAAUAUGUUCUCGUAUUUUAUGCUCCCGAUAACUGCAAGGAAUGCCCGUCAAUUCUGUCUGAGCUGGAGAAAAUCGACGAUGAAUCGGACGAUCACGGUGUCGUGUUCGUAACGACUGAUGACACAAAAUUCGCGAGAAAAACGGCUGGUGUCACGAAACUUCCAGCGAUCGUGCUAUUCAGAAACGGCCAGCCUAUGGUAUAUAAGGGCUGUACAUACGCCGCGUGCCAGGUGCUUCAAUGGCUCGGUGUGACUGUCGGCUUCCGCCUUGCGUCGUCGGAACUCGGCGACGAACUUCGGGCCUCUUGCCAAAGAGCGCGAUGUCCCGCACCCGAAGGCACUCCACUUGAGAACCUGAACAAGGACGGCAAAAUUAACUAUGAAAAACAGCAUCAGGACUUAGUUAAGUUCUCAGCAUGUGAUGAUAAAGCCGUUCGAAAAAAGCCCGUCAUCGUCUCCUCGUCGUUUUGCAACGUUCUUAUGUUGUCCUACGAAAAUACGCUUAAGACAAAUGCGGACGAAGCGGCAGAAAAUGGUGCGGAGUCCAAUAGAAAAUCUAGCACUUCCGAUGACUUGAAACUAGGACGCAACAGACACGACGAAAUAUCAGUGCGACCCUAUAAAAAAAGCUGCAAUACUUCACCAGUUAAUCCGCUCUGCAAGAAAAAGCAGAAGCUUGGAGUGCGAUUGAUUCGAGGCUCUCGCAAAAAUCCGUUAAGGGAGAGUGACAUGGAAGAUGAAGACGAGCUGCUCAGGUGGCUGACAAGUGAGGAUACCUUGGACAUCCCCGACACCAUCGAGCAGAUCAACCAAAAGAUGCUCUCAAAACUUAUUGAAAACAAUGAUUUCGUUGCUGUAUUGUUCACAAAGGACAAAUGUUCACAGUGCGAAAAAGUCCUGGCUGAGCUAGAAACCAUCGAUGAUGAGGCGGAAGCCAUGGAUGUUGACUUUGUUCGCGUAAACGACGUCAAGGUAGCGAGGGCCUACGACAUCGAGAGCUUUCCCGCUGUUAUAUUCUUUAGGAAGAAGUUUCCCCAGUACUACGUCGGAGAUCUAAUGGACGAGGAUGCCGUACUUUCGUGGAUUACUCAGCAAAAAGAGCGCGCAUCUGUGGAUGAAAUAGAAGAUGUCGAUAGGCCCAUGCUUGAGAUGCUGCUUGACCAAAUGGAGGCUGUCACCGUUGUGUUUUACACUGCGGACUGCCAGACCUGUGACAAGAUUCUCGAGGAACUGGAAAACAUCGAUGAUGAUACAGAUAAAUACGGAAUCUACUUUGUCAAAACGGACGACAUGGAGUAUGCCAAAGAAUUAGGCGUAACGGAGGUGCCUUCUUUGGUCUACUUCGAAAACCAUUCACCCAGCAUCUACUUCGGUGACCUUACCAACGAGGAUGCAGUACUCGACUGGUUGAUCAAGCAGCGAACUGAGGACACGAUCGAAAAUAUUAAUCGCGAUAUGCUUAAUCGGAUGAUCGAAGAGACCGAUUACCUUGCCGUAUUUUUCUACAAAGCCCGUGAUGAAGAAAGCCAAGAGAUCUUAAAAGCGCUUGAAAAUAUCGAUGACGACUGCGCUGAUUAUGAAGUCCAUCUCGUUGCGAUGGUAGACCAUCUAAUGGCCAAAAAGUACGGCAUCCGAGACCCACCAGGGCUUGCCUAUUUUCGUCAUGGCAAGCACAUAAAGUUUACCGGUGAUCUGUAUGAUCCAGAAGAAGUGUUGGAAUGGUUGACAAAUCCCGAAAAUAUGGAGAUGGACGAUGCGAUUGAGCGCGUUAAUAAGCGAAUGUUUGAAAGGAUGCUGGGCAAGGUCGAAUCGCUGGCGGUCUUUUUCUAUAGCAAGACGACAUGCAAACAGUGUUCACGGGUCCUGGAGGAACUCGAACGAAUCGACGACGAUGCUGAUGCCGAACAAAUUAAAAUGGUGAAAAUCGACGAUGUACAACUGGCAAGAAAGUAUGGUGUUUACGCCCUUCCCGCUUUUCUGUUCUUUCGCAAAGACGAACCUGAUCCAGUAAUUUAUGCGGGUGAUUUCCGUACCGGAGAGAAUAUGCUUGAAUGGAUGCUUCUUCAGAAGAACCCAGAUUCGGAGCGUAUUGAAGAGUUGGUGGGAGACGAACUACGGAAUAUCAUCAAGGAGGCACCAUCGGUCGCCUGCUAUUUCUACAACCGAAAAUGCCUGAAGUGUGACGGUUCAGCACAGAAUCCGGAUGAAGAGAAAGUUGACUGCGAAGAGUGUCGGAAGAUUCUAGAGGAACUAGAAAACAUCGACGACGAUACGGAGAGGCACGGAAUCAAGUUUGUCAAAAGUUGUGAUCACACCGUGGCUAAGGAGCUUGGCAUUAGGAGAUAUCCAAGUCUUGUUUAUUUCGAACACAGCAUCCCCAACAUUUACGAAGGCGACCUGUCGGGAGAGGAGGAGGUCCUUCAAUGGCUCAUCACACAAAAGACCGAGGACACAAUCGAAACCGUUAACCGAGACAUGCUCGAAAAGCUUUUCGAGAAUACGCAAUAUCUUGGAGUAUUUUUCUACAAAUCGCACUGCCGGGCAUGUGAUCAGGCCCUAGCAGAGCUGGAGAGAAUUGAUGACGAGACGGAUCUCUUCGGUAUCCACGUGGUCAAGAUUCAAGAUGUUGGUCUCGCGAAACGAUAUGGCAUUAAAACCUUCCCGGCACUUGUAUAUUUCCGCAACGGAAAUCCACUCAUAUUUGAAGGAGACCUGAAAAAUGAAGAGCAGGUAUUAGAGUGGCUAACAGAUGACGACAAUAGAGAGCUGGCAGGCGAAAUUGAGGAAGUCAACGAGAAAAUGCUUGAUCGGCUUAUCGAAAGUUCGCCUUUUCUAGCUGUACUAUUUCUGGAGGAAGACUGCGACGACUGUGAGCGGGCUCUAAAAGAACUCGAGAAUAUUGACGACGAAGCGGAUAUAUAUGGUAUCGACUUCGUCAAAAUCAACUCCCUAAGUUCAGCGGCUAAAUUCGACAUAACUACAUUUCCCUCGCUCGCUUAUUUCCGCAAGGGCAGAGCAACGAUCUAUGAUGGCGACCUUACAAAGGAAGACAAAGUUCUUGCUUGGCUUACUGCUCAAGAAAAUAUCGAGCUUAAAGAUGAAAUCGAGGAGGUUAACCGUAAAAUGCUGGAAAAAUUGCUUGACGAGAAUGACUUCGUCGCCGUCUUCUUCUUUGAACUGAACAAUGACGACUGCGACCAGGUCCUAAAGGAACUUGAACACAUUGACGAUGAAGCUGAGGAGUUGGACAUAAUGCUGCUGAAGAUCAACGAUGUUAAGUAUGCUCGGAAAUACGGAAUCAACAAGGUGCCUGCCAUUGUUUACUUUCGAAGAAAGUUCCCCUCAAUCUUUAGAGGUGAUCUGAUGCAUGAGGAGCAAGUUCUUGAGUGGCUACGUAAGAAUCGUUAUAGGCAACCUGAAUUAACAUUGUUUAUGUACGCACUGGUGAUUGUUGCAGUAGGUUUUAUCGGCUACACUCUAUUCCUUAUUUUUUGCAUGAAGGACGUGACCAAGGAUAAGAAAGAAUAAAUUCUGCACGACCAGGAUAAUAAUAUACAUAUAUAGUGAUAUGGUAAACUCCUAUGAAAUACUUCUGUUAGUUGCUUCAUUGGUCAAGUAAGCGAGGUGGCUAUAUAAAUUGCUUUACUUCUCCAACUGCGCGACAAUAACGACUGUUACAAACAGAACGUGAGCAGAGAACUAUUGGAACGGUCCAGAAAGAAAGCCAUUUAUUGACAGAUGUAUUGUAGACGGAAAAACUAACUGAUCCCGAUACCAAUAUAUAGAGCAGUUGUACGGUAUAUAAGAUCUGUACAAUAGAGCUUUAAAAUGUGGCCUCAAAAUGAGCUGUACUAUUUUUACAUUUUGUCACAAAGAUCACAGUGCUGGUAGGAGUUAGAAAAGAACGCGAUGGGAAGGAUGCCGGAUCGAACGCAAAUGAGAGCUGAUGUUCAAUCAGACUUGUGCGUAUUUCUGUGGAAAGAUGGCAGGCAAGGGCAACGAGCGAAUUUGCAUGUACAUAUACGUAUUGCAAAAUAGAAGACAUACCAGAACAAACCAAUACGAACGCUGGGGCCGCUCAAUGACGGAAUCGAUUUUACAAUUUCAAAUGUUUUAAAUUUUAAACAAAAACAGAAAAUAAGCAACGACAAAGCCCGACCCAGUGCACAUAUGAUGUCGCGCUAUUGUGACGACCAACUUUUGCACACACGACGGGCAUAUGGAAUUUUGCCGUCCAACAUUACCGAUACGCUUUUUGAUGCCUGGAAGUAGCGCGAAGUACUAAUCUGUGCGAGAUUUCUCUUUUUGAUCGUAAAUCGAACGAAUGGAAAAGAUAUUUAAGAAGAGACCGGCUUCGAAUUGUGCCUCAAGAAACUAGUGAAGCCCGAUCUUACUUUGCAUGUUUUAAUACUUUGAAGUUUAUCAUCUUCUAGUAAUUGUCUAUCGUAUCAGAGAUGCUUUCCCGUUUUUCACUGCUGCCCGGCAAUAAACGAGGCAAUUAAUGCAUAAAUUAGUUUCUAAAAUCUGUAAGCCACUCACUGUAGGCAAGUCUUCCGUAAAACUAGGACCAGUAAACCAGGAACACUAAAGAUGGGGCGAACGAUAUCAAAGGUCACUUGUAAUAUAUCCAAUAAACAAACUGUUUUUUGGCGAUCU